AUGUCCCGCGACAGCAAAACCGCCGCCGACGACCUGACCCGGUCCAAGACCACAUCCCUCACCAACAACACCCGACCCGACGCCGACAGACUCGACACCAUCCCGCACGAACGCAAAGAAACCCGUCCCGACUUCUCCAAACCCCUCCCGCGCCAAAAACUCCCCACAGACCUCCAAAAGACGCUCGACAAUGAAGAGAAAUUCUGGGAAGUCCUCUCCACCGGCGAAGGCCAAGAAACCACCGACACCUCAGUCCGCUACGCCGCCUACGCCUCCCGUCUGCGCACAAUCAUGCUCAGCGCCCACCGCUACGUGGCAUAUACCUCAGACAUUGGCGAGAGUUUCCGACCCGUAGCGCAUCCCUAUCUAAUACGAGGCGCAUACGGUGUAAGUUGGGCAUACCUGAUCGGCGACGUGAGUUACGAGGGCUACAAAGCGCGGAUCCGCAACCAGCGCGUUCUGAACCCGGAGACGGAGGAAGAUAAGGCUGCUGCUGCGGCGGACCCAGGACGGGGUGUGCCUGCGAUUGAGGAUUACAGGGCUGUUAUGGCGCAGAGGGCGAUAUUUCAGGGUGUGGCUAGUAUGGGGUUGCCGGCGCUCACGAUUCACAGUAUUGUGAGGUACUCGGGGAGGGCGAUGAAGAAUGUGAAGAAUGUGAGGAUACGGACGUGGGGGCCGAUUGGGCUGGGGCUGGCGGCUGUUCCGGCUUUGCCGUACAUGUUUGACGAGCCGGUCGAGCAUGCGACGGAGUGGAUUUCCCAUAGGGCGUUUGAGGCGGUUGGUGGGCCGAAGGCAGUGGGUAAAGAUGCAGAGGGCAGAGGGGCAGGGCUCGAGGAGAAGAGGGAGGGGCGAAAGGCUGAGAAGGAGCUGUAG